AUGAGACAUCGCCCGAAGAGAGGGGAAAAGGACAGGAAAAGAGGAGACAAACAGGGAGGGGAAAGGGGGCUGUACGGGGGAGGGGAAAGGGGGCUGUACGGGGGAGGGGAAAGGGGGCUGUACGGGGGAGGGGAAAGGGGGCUGUACGGGGGAGGGGAAAGGGUGCUGUACGGGGGAGGGGAAAGGGGGCUGUACGGGGGAGGGGAAAGGGGGCUGUACGGGGGAGGGGAAAGGGGGCUGUACGGGGGAGGGGAAAGGGGGCUGUACGGGGGAGGGGAAAGGGGGCUGUACGGGGGAGGGGAAAGGGGGCUGUACGGGGGGGGGGAAAGGGGGCUGUACGGGGGGGGGGAAAGGGGGCUGUACGGGGGGGGGGGGAAAGGGGGCUGUACGGGGGAGGGGGGAAAGGGGGCUGUACGGGGGAGGGGGGAAAGGGGGCUGUACGGGGGAGGGGAAAGGGUGCUGUACGGGGGAGGGGAAAGGGUGCUGUACGGGGGAGGGGAAAGGGUGCUGUACGUGGGAGGGGAAAGGGUGCUGUACGGGGGAGGGGAAAGGGGGCUGUACGGGGGAGGGGAAAGGGGGCUGUACGGGGGAGGGGAAAGGGGGCUGUACGGGGGAGGGGAAAGGGGGCUGUACGGGGGAGGGAAAAGGGGGCUGUACGGGGGAGGGAAAAGGGGGCUGUACGGGGGAGGGAAAAGGGGGCUGUACGGGGGAGGGAAAAGGGGGCUGUACGGGGGAGGGAAAAGGGGGCUGUACGGGGGAGGGAAAAGGGGGCUGUACGGGGGAGGGAAAAGGGGGCUGUACGGGGGAGGGGAAAGGGGGCUGUACGGGGGAGGGGAAUGGGGGCUGUACGGGGGAGGGGAAAGGGGGCUGUACGGGGGAGGGGAAAGGGGGCUGUACGGGGGAGGGGAAAGGGGGCUGUACGGGGGAGGGGAAAGGGGGCUGUACGGGGGAGGGGAAAGGGGGCUGUACGGGGGAGGGGAAAGGGGGCUGUACGGGGGAGGGGAAAGCGGGCUGUACGGGGGAGGGGAAAGGGGGCUGUACGGGGGAGGGGAAAGGGGGCUGUACGGGGGAGGGGAAAGGGGGCUGUACGGGGGAGGGGAAAGGGGGCUGUACGGGGGAGGGGAAAGGGGGCUGUACGGGGAGGGGAAAGGGGGCUAUUCAAUAUUUCACCAGGGUUUAUUGAAUGUAUUAACAAAUAUAAAUGGAUAA